CGGAUGGCUGGCGGAGGACAUCGCCAGAACCCAAGAACAGGACCAUCUCAGCCACUUGGGGAAAUCACCUACGUCACGAUCUCUGCGGAAUUCAGCUGAACUCAGAUGAAGGAUUCCGAAUUUUCUUCAUCAUGCCUUGGCCUGUGCGAGCGCCGUAGCUGUGGUGCUGGCGGUGUGGUGCUGGGUCAAGCUGAGCCGCCUGGUAUUUCUACUAUUUCUACCCCGGCCGGCCCAUCCGCGCUGUCUCUCUCCAGAAAGCCAUCUUUCUUUCACUCUUCUCUUAAAAAUGAAGCUCCAUUGGGCCUCCGGCCUUCUCCUGGGGCUGGUUGCCCCCUGUGUGGACGCCAACGCGAAGUCUCACAGCGCGGAGUCUCACAUCCCCUUUGCCAUCGAUUCGAGUCACAUUGAGCCCGAGACCUUUGGGCCCGUGGACCCUGAGGCCUAUCUCUGGCAGGCCCGGCCUCGUAACGGCAAGCUCUUGCCCCGCGAUCAGUUCACGGCGCACUGCUCCAGCGUGGCCAACGGCAGCAGGUGCGAGUAUGCCAACGACGGUCUCGCGCAGACCCACUGGGCCAGCGAGCCGCUCUCUGUUGAUAAGCCGGAUGUACUCGUCCUGGACCUGCACGAGGUGCGCAACGUGAACGGCAUCUCCAUGCGUCCUCUGCUGGGCGAGGAGGACCGCGGCCAGAUCGCCAAACACGAGGUCUGGGUCAGCAAGAAUGAGCGCGCCUGGACAAAGGUUGCGUACGGCACCUGGGGCUGGAACAAGAGCCCCAAGAUGUCCGCCUUUGAAGCCAUCGAGGCCCGAUUCGUCAAGAUCGUGGCCACGAGCGAGGCACCUCCCCCCAAGCAUCCUAGCCAGAAGUAUCCCGAUGCCGUCACCAAGAUCGUCGACGUCAACGUCUACACCACCAACGCCGUGCUCCCCGACGAGCCCUCCAAGGGUGUCUGGGGCCCGACCCUAGACAUGCCCAUCACCGCCGCCGCGGGCGCCCAUGGCUUUGGUUCCAAGGGUCGCCACAACAUCAUGCUCUGGUCGGCCUGGACCGACGACCGCUUCUUUGCGUCGCCCGGAGGCAAGACCUUCACGGCCACCUGGGACCCGUACCUGGAGGACAUCAUCCAGACCAACGUCACCAACACCCACCACGACAUGUUCUGCCCGGGCAUCUCGAUGGACGGCGAAGGCCACAUCGUGGUGUCCGGCGGUGCCGACUCGCAGAAGACCAGCAUCUACGACGGCUCGGAGUGGAUCCCCGGCGGCGACAUGAACCUGCACCGCGGAUACCACGCCUCGACCACGCUGUCCGACGGCAAGAUCUUCGCCAUCGGUGGCUCGUGGAGCGGCGGCUCCAACUCGCCCAAGGACGGCGAGGUCUACGACCCGGCGACCCAGCGCUGGCGCAUCCUGCCUAACAUCAAGGCCGAUGUCAUCCACACGGUCGACAUCCCGCUGCGCAACGACAACCACGCCUGGCUGUUUGGCUGGAAGAAGGGCACCGUCUUCCACGCCGGCCCAAGCAAGACGAUGUUCUGGUUCGACACUCACGGCAACGGCACUGUGAAGAAGGCGACGCUCCGCCUCAACGACCAUGACUCGACCUCGGGCAACGCCGUCAUGUUCGACGCCGUGGCCGGCAAGAUCCUGACCUUUGGCGGCCAGGAGUACUACGACGGCUCGUAUGGCUCCCGCAAUGCCCAUCUCAUCACCAUCAAGGAGCCCUUCAGGCGGCCGGUAGUUAAAGUGGCGGGCCUGAACGGCACCACCAACGAGUUCGCCGGUGGCAUGUACAACCAGCGCGUCUACCACACCUCGGUCGUGCUCCCGGACGGCACGGUCUUCAUUGCCGGCGGCGAGAUCUUCGGCGUGCCCUUCAACGAGGCCGAGCGCGACGUCCAGUUGACGCCCGAAAUCUACCACCCCGAAUGGGACAUCUUCCUGCCCCUGAAGCAGAACAACAUCGUCCGUGUCUACCACAGUCUGUCCAUCCUGUUGCCGGACGCCACCGUCCUCAACGGCGGCAGCGGGCUCUGUGGCAACUGCACGGCCAACCACUACGAUGCGCAGAUCUUCACGCCGCCGUACCUGCUGCGCGAGGAUGGCACCCCGGCAGAGCGCCCCAACACGCCGGAGAUUGUCGACAACAAGUACCAAGUCAAGGUCGGCGCCAAGCUGGCCUUCCACGCGGACGCAGACAUCCGAAACGCCUCGAUGAUCCGUCUGGGCUCCGUCUCGCACACCGUCAACACCGACCAGCGCCGUAUCCCGCUGGAGCUCACCCGGCCCGCUCAGGCCCAGAGUGACCGUGUUCUCUACCACGCGGCCAUCCCCGACGAUGCCGGCAUUGCGCUCCCUGGGUACUACAUGCUCUUCGUGCUGAACAAGAAGGGCGUUCCCAGCCACGCGGCCACCGUCAAGGUCGAGCUGCCCAGCUCGCACACUCCGACGACCGAGCACGUUGACACCCUCGAGGAGGAGGAUGUGGUGGAUGUCGAAGAGUCGCAGGCCGACUGCGACAUGGAAAUGGACGAGGAGGCCCAAGGCAUGAUCAAUGCGCUGUUUGCGGCCACUCGCAAGCUCUGGGGCUCGCCCAAGGCGCUGGUGCAUCAGGCUUAGAGGGAGAGCUGUAGUUUGUACUAAUAGGGUGGAAGAACGGAAUGUUUCUAUAGAUGACUGAAU